CUCAGAUAAUGAGAGAAUAGAAGGAAAGAAGAGAAAAAAGAAAGAGGGUUUGCAAAGCAAUCUCUCUUCUUUGGAUCUCUCAAAAUUAAAUCAUAUUAUAAUUUAUUAAUUUUAACUAAUUAGUACAAUCUUUAUAUACUUUAGAAAGUACCCUUUUCUUCUUAAUCCAGCAUUCCAAUUCAUUUGUAUUCUCUCAAUUCUUGAGAAUUUUCUCUUCAUUUUUCUUUUAGAUAAUUAUUGAUAAUGAGUAGACUCCGCGUAAAUUCAUCUCCUGAUUUAAUGUCGAAUUCAACGUUUGAACAAUUCUAUGAUGAUUCAGCUUUAGAAGGGGUUGCGGCCAACAUUAAGUUAUUGCUAAAGUUGAUUCAAGAGCACAAAAAUGCUUGUAACAAAGAGAAGAACGAUGGGCGGAGAAUGUUGAGGGUGGCAACCAUGAUGACCAUUCUGGAUAGUGUUAGAAUAAGAAUUCAGAAAUGUCAAUCCUUUGGUAACAAGUCACCAUCAGAAGCUGAAUCUACUAGUCAUGUUCCCAUAGAUAAGAAGCACCACGAGGUGAUGAUUGAUGAGAAAGAAAAGCUAAGGAAGCAGCUAAACGCAAGCUUGGUAGCACGAAAGAGCCUCGAGGUCAUGUGUUCAAGCUUAGGGAAAGAAAAAGAGAUUAUGGCAGCAGAGCUUUCCAAGAAAGUUCACGAGAUGAAUGAAAUGGAGGACCUUAUCAAUGAUCUCAAAGAACAAAAUGAGAAUUUAGUGGAAAGGCUACAUGAACGUUCCACCGAGCAAAAAGAAAGGAGGUAUAGCAGUUAUGGAGGAGAAUCACAAGGAAACACUGCCCUUCAAGAAAGAAAUAAGGCACUUUCGGAGAACCUCCUAAGGUCAUUGGAUGGCUAUAGGUCCAUUAAGAGGAAAUGGAAGGAUACACAUGCAGAAAACAUGGCCAUGCAUGCGACCAUGGAGGAAAUGACAGCAAAAAUUGGUGCUGGACUUGCCAGAAUCCACAGCUUUAAAGAACGAAUCGCCUCUGAAAGUGUGCCCUCGACGGAUAUCCAAGAGGAGAUCGUUGAAUUAGAGCAUAUGUUUGAAUGCUUUAAAAUGCAGGUGGCAAAACAUGGUCCAAAGGAAGGGGAAUGUGUCAAAACAACAGUAGAUAUUAGUGCUUGCAAGCCUACAGUUUUUGCAUGAGAAUACAGACUAAUUUAGAAACAAGCAACACAAGGAAGAUGGUCCAGGAUCAUGGUGUUCCAUUAAAUCUACUGAAAAUGGAGAACAUUAUCCCAUUCUUCCCUGUUAUGGAGUCAAUGUAAUAAAGGAGUCAAGUAUAUGGUAUGUAACAGGAAAAUAACUAGUAAUGUUGUUUUUUUAUUCAUCUUCAUGUUACAGCCUUCAGUUUUAUAUUAGUGAUAAUAACAUGAAUAAUUUGGCCUCAUUGU